CUGCGAGCUCGUAUUGUCACUUGCAUCAAGUUUUCUGUUUCUUCAAUCUAUUUCCUACAAGGCCGUACAGUCAUGGUCAAAGGCGCUCCUAAACCCGAUCUCGUUACACGAGACUACACUAUUCAGCUUUCUAAGCGCAUUCAUAAGAUGCAAUUCAAGCGCCGUGCUCCCCGGGCAGUAAAGGAAAUUCGCAAGUUUGCUCAAACUGCAAUGGGAACCUCGGACGUCCGCAUUAGUUCCGAACUCAACAAGGAAGUCUGGAAGCGUGGUAUCAAAAAUGUCCCAACUAGAGUGCGUGUUCGACUGAGCCGUAAGCGCAACGAAGAUGAAGAUGCUGACGAAAAGCUUUACACAUUGGUAGAUAUCUUGAUUGUGGAGUCGUUCAAGGGGCUCCAAACGGAAAACUACGUUGAGGCCUAGAGCAUUUAAGAAAAUAAGGAAGCAUGCAAAAG